ACGGGCCAUGGCAGCCCCAUGGGGUAGCAGCUGCGGAUGUUCGGGGCGAUGUGGUGAUACACAGGUCAGAGCUGGUGGAGCCUUGUGUCAGACAAUAUAGAGAGACCAUGACCCGGGCUCUGCGAUUCGGAAUCUGAACAGCUUUGUUUGCGUGGCUGUUGUGCUUGGCCUUCCCCGCAUCGCACCAUCGUUCUCAACUCUCCUUUGCGGCAGACGACCCACACAGCAACAUCAUGGCGAUCUUUGAUCUGAAGAAGAAUCUCGUCUUCUACGGCGCAUACCAUCGCGAACCUACCAAUGUCGCGAUUCAUAUAGGAUGUGUUCCCAUCCUGCUAGCCACUGGAUUUCUUUUCGGCACGAACACGCCAUCUCUUCGCACCCCAGCACUGCUGACCCGCCUGAACCUCCCUCUUAAUCUUGGCACCCUCGCCUCACUCACGUACUCAACCCUUUACCUGGUCCUCUCGCCCAACAUCGCCGGCGCAUCUAUCACGCCCUUUAUCGUCGGUGCCGCCGCGCUCGCGAACAAGCUCACGACCAAGUAUGACCGUUCAAAGGUCAACACUAUUGCCAUCGCGGUGCAUGUCGUUAGCUGGAUCAUGCAGUUCGUUGGGCAUGGCAAGUUCGAGGGCAGGAAGCCGGCGCUGUUGGAUAAUUUAGUGCAAGCGCUGUUCCUGGCGCCGCUGUUUGUGUGGUAUGAGAUACUGUUCAAGUUGGGAUUCUACCAGGGGUUGAAGAAGGAUGUAGAGGCUGCGAUUGAGGUAGAGGUUGCGAAGAUUGGUAAAGGGAAGGCGAGCGAGUAGAUGCGCACACUACUGAAGGCUGAUAGAGUUGAUGAGAGUGGCGGGUGGAGUCACGAUAUGCAUGGUUGUUACGGAGUUUGAUUUAGAGAG